UCUAGUUAUGAAUUAAUUCCCAUGUGCUUGUUUCUUAUUUACUUUGAAAAUUAAAAUUCAAACGUGAAAGCAUAAACAAGUUCAGUGACAUUGAUUGAGAAUGAAUUGUUGGAAAAGGUUGAGUGAAAAAUCUUAGCAUUAAGGUGAUUCACUAUCAGCAUUAAUUAGUGUAUGAACACUUAUAAGCUAUAUUCUGAACGGGGCAAGUUCGAGAAUAAAUAUUUUUUUGUGUGGACUAUAUCAAUUAAAGAGAGAAAAUGUCGAUGAAACGUGAAAUUAUGGUUCUUACGCUGCUAAUAAGAAUAUUUGAAGUUGACGGACUACACCGCUGAAGAGCGAGAUUAUUGAAAACUAACAUUUAUUGAGUUGUUAAAUUGAACUUUGAUGAACGAGACUGACGGUAACACCGGUUUUUCAAUGAGUUGACUCGUGCCAACGAGCGCAUCUGCUGACACAGCUGUGUCUGUUCAACAAGGUCUGGCUGUCAGAUUUCAACGUAGCUUCAUAUUGCAGUGGUUUGAUUUCAGAAUUAACCGUUCCGAAAUGCUGCGACGAACGCCAUGUUGCGAGACAUGGGCGACAUGAGCUUAAAUAUGGGCGACAUGAAAAGCAACAUGCGAGAUACGGCACGCAACAUGGAUGGUACGAUUCAUCAUAACAUGACUCGUAUCGAUGUCAACGUUGAUAACAGACGCGUUGACUUCAAUAACAAAGAAGACAUGAUUAACUGCAGAGGUAGUUUGAGCACCUCGAGGUAUGACCGAAGCGUCAACGCUGGUGACAAUAGAGGUAACAUGAGCGACAUUGGACUCAACAUGACUGACAUCAAAGGUAACAUGGACAACAUGAGGAGCAACAUGGUGGCUGACAUGGUUGAUGUACCACCACAGCACCGGCAUAAGACAGCUACCAGAAGGCUGGACGAGUACCAAGACGGUUGCUUCAUCGAUGCGCUCAAGGUGGUACCUGGUCGCCGGACUGCGCAGGACCUGGAGGUGAUAUAUCACUGGCUACGCUCCAUGGAGGCGCUGUGUUGGCUGAGGGAAGCAGCGUUGCGCUCCCUGGCGACCUCCGUGCGAUACGAGACCCAUGGAGCCAACGACAUCCUUUACUGUCGCGGGGAGCUCGCUACGUGUUGGUACAUCCUGCUGCGCGGCUCCGUCUUCAUAGACGGCUCCAUGUUCCUGCCGCGCUCCAGGUGA